AUGGGGGCUUUCGGGGAUUACGUCUGGAGCUAUGAGACCCCCAAAGUGAUGGUGGUGAAGAACCGGAACCUUGGCAUCACCUACCGACUGGUCCAGCUCCUUAUCUUGGUCUACUUCAUUUGGUACGUGUUCAUCGUUCAGAAGGGCUACCAGGAAAGUGAGUCCGGCCCCGAGAGCUCCGUCAUCACCAAGGUGAAAGGGGUCACCCGCUCACAGCACAAGGUCUGGGACGUGGAAGAAUACGUCAAACCGCCGGAGGGAGGCAGCGUCUUCAGCAUCAUCACUCGCGUCCAAGUCACCCCCUCGCAGACGCAGGGGACUUGUGCUGAGAACGCGCGCGCCCUGUGCCGCUCCGAGCGCGACUGUGCCGCGGGCGAGGUGGACCCGCUGGGCCACGGAGAGAAGACCGGGCGCUGCGUCCCCUACAACCGCACCAGGAAGACCUGCGAGAUCGUGGCCUGGUGCCCGGUGGAGGAGGCGGCCGCUGCCAGUGAGAAUUUGGCGAAGAUGGCACCCGAGUUCACCAUUCUGAUCAAGAACAGCAUCCAUUUCCCCCGCUUCCGCUUUUCCAAAGGGAACAUAAAGGACAGCAGAGACGGGUACCUGAGGACCUGCAUCUUCAAUGAGACCACGGACCUCUACUGCCCCAUUUUCAAGCUGGGCUUCAUUGUGGCGCAGGCGGGCGAGAACUUCUCUGCGCUGGCCGAGAAGGGUGGCGUGAUUGGCGUGAUUAUCAACUGGAACUGCAACCUGGACCUGCCGGACUCCGAGUGCAACCCCCGCUACUCCUUCCGCAGGCUUGACCCCAAGUGGGCUCAGGUCUCCUCGGGCUACAACUACAGGUUUGCCAAGUACUAUCACUGCAGUGGGAAGAGCACACGUACCUUGAUCAAGGCUUAUGGAAUCCGGGUCGAUGUCAUUGUGCAGGGACAGGCCGGGAAGUUCAGCCUCAUCCCUACCAUAAUUAACCUGGCCACAGCGCUGACCUCCGUGGGGCUGGGGUCCUUCCUGUGUGACUGGAUCUUACUGACCUUCAUGAACAAGAAUAAGGUGUACAGUACCCGAAAGUUUGACCAGGUACGGCCCCCCGAUAACCCAGCCUCUUUCUGGCCCGUUACAAAACUAGGGAGUGGAAAGUGA